GAUGAAUUGCGCUGGUGAUGCUGCGUCUAUUUGUGAACAGAUUGAUAAAUACGUUUUUAAAGAACAGAUAGACCAUCGUGGUAGUUGGAAAUUUUAUGAUGAAACAGGCCUAUACGAAUCGGAAGAUAGUCAAGAGGUGAAUACUCGCUCAGAUAUAUAUUUACAUAAGGGAGAUAUAACAAGAAGAAUAUUCUUUAGUCGAUAUAAUAAAUUGACUCAUCUCGUUAGAGAUCCUAGAAAGAAUCUAUUAUUUACUGUCAAUAGACAGUCAGGUAGUAUACUUAAAUUGAAUCUUAACGAUGUAAAAGACGGCGAAAAGGAUACAACCCAUUUCCCGAUCUUAACAAGAAUUGAAAAUGCCUGGCAUUUAAGUAUCUAUUCGAAUACUGAUAAAAGAGUUGUCGUUUGCCUCUCGUCAAUUCGAUUCCCACCUCAAACCAUUUCGUAUAUAGAAGAUGAUAAGAUAUUGUGGAAAGAGGAAUUCCACGAAAGAAUACUACAAACUUGCGUAUUGAAUACAUUCGAUAUUAUUGCAAUUAAGGAAUCGAGUAUAAUAAAAUUAUCUGGUAAGAAUGGUAGAAGGAUGAAAAUGAUAAGGAGUGGAUUUGAAGAUUUUCAUUCGGCAUGCGGUGUUUGUUCGGUACCUAAUGGAGGAUUUUUAGUAUCAGAUGAACAUAAUAGAAGAAUAUAUUCUUUUAGUAACGACCUACAAAUGAUAAAGAUAUUACAUUUGGAUUUUAAACCGACUGAUAUCUAUAUUAGUCGUCAAGGAGAACUAUUUAUUGCUAGGGGUAGACGUAAGCCAUACGUAUCUAUGAUAUACCACCUUUCUCAAAUCCGUUGA